GUGGAGUGGCGCAGGCGGAUGGCCAGGCUAUAAGAGACGCCGUGCUUGGGACGGGUCCCGCUCCAGCCCAAGGGGAUCUCACUACUUCAUCAAGAUGAGCAAGACCUCCCAAAUCCAGGGACCGCUCUCUGAGCUGGAGAAGGCCAUGGAUGUCAUCAUCGAUGUCUUCCACCAGUACUCAAGACAGGAGGGGGACAGAGAUACCCUGACCAAGAAGGAGCUGCAUCUCCUGAUUGAGAAGCAGCUUGCAAACUACCUGCAGCAUGUGGAAAACAAGGCCACCAUUGACGAAAUCAUGAAGGACCUCGAUAUCAACAAGAACAUGCAGAUCAGCUUCUCCGAGGCAAUGCUGCUGAUCAUCCGUGUGACCGUUGCCACCCACAAACACCUCCACGAUGUCGAGGACCAGCAGCAGCAGCAGCAGCAACACCAGCACAAACACCACCACUGAGGCAGGCUGUGGUCCCUGGCCAAAGGCACCCAUGCAGUGCCCACAGCCCCUGGCUUUCUCCCCUCCAUCCCUCUGCCCACCUCCCUCCUUUCCUUCCUACAAGUCUGAUGGUUUUGCUGCCAAAUAAAGAUUUGCCCUGAGGCUGUCAAACCUC